AUGCCCUCCUGGUUUGGCAAGGGCGACACGCCCGAGUGCUGGGAAGUCGUGGACUCGAAGACUGUCGAGCCUGUAUGGAUGUACGAUGGUCAUGAUGAUCUCGACGUCGUUCGCACGUCACAAUCUAUGAUGAGCACAACGAUCACCUGCAGCAUAGAGAGUGGCCCUUCGCGUCGCCACAUCCUUCGGUCCGUUUUGUCAAGAGCGCGUGCACGUCUCCUCGAAGAGGCAGCGCGCAUCGGUUACAACGUUUUAUUGCGCGAAGGGUGGUCUGUCACUCUGCUGCGCAAGUCGAGUCGCUCACAUCAGCCUCCGCGGCAUCGCGUCUCCCUCUGCUACACGGGCCUUCCCGCGUUCGUACAAGAACCAGUGGAGCUGCCUCCCCCGCCCUUCGUCGGCCUACUGCAACACUGGGAGACGCAGGCGAAGAGAGAGUAUGUUCCCGAUGUCGCGGUAUCAACACCAUCUCGACAGUCGUCAAACCGCGAUGUCGUCGAGCAGUUGCCGGCGUCAAAGGAUGUGAAGUCACGUUGGAGCGCUGGUGGCAUCGCGCAGCGCGUUCGGACAGGGAGAAACGCAGCAUGCUUACGAUUUUAUCGCUUCCUCUCGAGUCAUUUCCGCCAUAUCUAG